AUGCUCAGAGAAUCGCUGGGCGAGGUAUUGGUCGAGUUCUAUCCAUUCGCCGGGAGACUCGUCGUGGGGAGUGACGGGAAGAUGGCAGUGAGAUGCACGGGUGAAGGAGUUCCGUUUGUUGAAGCAAUGUCGGAGGACGACAUCGGAAUGCUGGGCGACAUCAGCGUCAUCGAUCCACCAAUGCUGCGGAAACUCGUCAAGCACAGCGAUGGAGACCAGACCAUAUUGGAAAAACCUUUGCUGACAGGGACAACAUUCAAGUGCGGGGGGAUCGUCCUCGGCAUUCUCGUGAAUCACAUCGUCGUCGAUGGUAAAACCCCCACGGACUUCAUAACUUGCUGGACUGAUGUGGCUCGAGCCAAGCCGCUAUCGAUUCGUCUCCUUCUCGAUCGAUCAAUAUAG